AUGCCACCUCGACGGUCGCACAAGAAAUCACGAAAUGGUUGCGAUCAAUGCAAGGAGAGAAGAGUCAAGUGCGAUGAGAAACAUCCGAUAUGCUCCAAUUGCACCUCUCGGGAGAUUAUUUGUACCUAUUUGAAGAUCCCUAUAGUCUCGGCUCCGGGACGCACAGCUCAUGCAGUGACCAAUCGCUCUCCAGACCCACCACGCCAGGGACAAUCGCAGUCAAAGAACGAUGACAAGCAGCCUAUCAGCUCCGUAAGAUCUGCCGAGCCAAGCUUUGUCCUGCGUGAUCUCGAACUCAUGCAUAAGUUCUCGACCGAGACCUUUCAAUGUCUAUGUGGAGACCAGUCCGACAUGGGUGACUGGCAGGUCCUCACCCCCCAACAAGCAUCAAAGCAUACUUUCUUACUCCAUGGCAUCCUCGCACUCGCAGCCUUGCAUAUCGCAGCCACAGCCACAGAGCGUACUAGCGUGUUGUCGUAUCUCGACACUGCGCUUCAAUACCACAACAUGUCAUUCGCCCCAUUCCGACAAGCACUCGAUGCCCUCACCCCGUUGAACUGCGACGCAGUCUUUGCCCAAUCCGCCGUAAUAACCGUCAUUGGCAUUGCCUUACCGCGCCUCAAUGCCCAACAUAGGGGCGAAUGCUUCAGCAUGAUCGAGAACAUGAUCACCGUGUUCGAGCUCCUACAAGGCUCAACUAAGGUCUCCCGCAUCAGUCGGCCAUGGCUUAAAGCCAGUAUGUUUUCUAAAUACGACUUCUGGAUGAUGGAAACAGGAGACUUGGGUUUCGAGAAGACUGUUGCUAUAAAUAAACUAAGCCGGUUGAAUACCUGCAUCGCCGAUGCCGAGCAAGGUAGUACUAACCGUGAGGCGAUUGACCUAUUACAAUCUUGUUUUGCUAAGUUUGCUCGUUCGUCGCAUCCUGUGGCUAUUCUAGCUUGGUUGGUCUAUGUGAAGAAGGAUUUUAUUGAUGGGCUGAGAAUGCAUCAGCCAUUUCCACUGUUGAUUUUGAUGCAUUGGGGUGUGUUGUUGAAUGAGCUAGGGAGUCAUUUCUGGUGGGCGAAGGGGUGUGGCAGGGAUUUGGUAAUUGAGUUGUUGGCCGAGAUUAUAAGUGAAGACCCAGUAUGGGAAGAGGCUUUGGAAUGGCCACGGAAGAUAAUAGGGGUCUGA